UCUGGUCCGUUCUCCACUCUCGGCUGGACUAUAAAAGCGGCUCCGUGCCCAUGCCCAGCCCACAGUCGAUGCCCAGACCCUGAAGAAUCAACAAAGAUGCCAAAGCAAUUGAGUCUCUCCGUGGCAGUUUUUGUACUGCUCUGCCUCGCGGCUUCGGGGCAGACUGAACUCCACGUCUAUCAUCCGCUGCUGACGCUGCACCAAGAGCCCACACUCGCCAGAGUGGGCAAUCUGCUGGAGCAUAUUCCCACUGCUGUCUCCCAUCAGAGCUCCACCAUUGUCCAUCGCACGGCUCCGCGGCUCACGCCGCUCCUGGCGCCCGCUCUCAGGACCACGCUGCACUAUCCCCCCACCUGGAGCUAUCCGUUCUACGAGGCCACCAACUCGCUCUACAGAAAGUAGACCCUGCACCCCACACACCCUGGAUCCAGUAUGAUUUUCUAAGCACUGAACCACGCCCAACCCAAUUGGAUUUAACGCUCUCGAAAUGCACAGUGAAAUAAAACAAAUUCCAAAAGCCCAC